AUGGUGCCCAUGGUGCUCAUGGUGGCCAUGUCCCAGUGCCCAUGGUGGUCAUGGUGGCCAUGGUGGCCAUGUCCCGGUACCCGUGGUGGCCACGGUGCCCGUGUGGCAGUGUCCUGGCGCUGUGCCCGCAGGGGUGACGUGGACGUCUCUGCCAUCUGCCGCUACCACAUCCUGGAGGUGCGCAAAGCCUUCGAGGGGCCCUACAAGGAGUACCGGGAGCAGGCGCAGAAAUGGGGCCGAUACUCGGGCGAGGUGCCCAGCCCGCGGCCCGGCGCGUGCAUCACGGACUGGCACCGGCAGAACGGCUUUGGCAGCUCGCUGGAGCUGCCCGACAACACGCUCAACUUCGCCAAGAAGCACCCGCUGAUGGACGAGGCCGUGGCCCCGCAGCGCGGCCGGCCCCUGCUGCUCAAGAGGGACUCCAACUUCACCCAGCUCGUGGUGGAUCGCGUGGCCGGCCUGGACGGGAACACCUACGAGGUGCUCUUCAUCGGGACAGGUGGGGACAGGGGACAUGGGGACAUGGGGACACCUACGAGGUGCUCUUCAUCGGGACAGGUGGGGACAGGGGACACUGAUGGGGACAUGGGGACAGGGAUGGGGACAUGGGGACACCUACGAGGUGCUCUUCAUCGGGACAGGUAGGGA